AUGUUGACAAAUAAAAGAAAGCUUCCAGAGUUUGAAAUUGUGGUAUUAACUGAGGAAAGUAGUGUAAGAGUCCAGAGCAAAUUGCCUCCCAAAUUAAAGGAUCCAGGGGGUUUUACUUUACCAAUUUCAAUUGGAAAUUCCUGUUCAAUUAAUGCAUUUUGUGACACAGCUGAUAGAACAAUCGCAAGGUCAUGUGGCAAAGUUGAGGAUGUACUCGUAAAAGCAGGAAAUUUCAUAUUUUCUGUGGACUUCAUAGUGUUGGACAUACCAGAAGAUCGAGACAUUCAAGUUAUAGUGGGUCAGUCAUUCUUAGUAACGGGAUGA